CUGACAAUUCGUUCCAUUGUCCCAUCAGGAUGUUAGGAGGCUUACCCCCGAGAACAGCCGAGACAACUCCCUAAAGUACCCAAAGCAAAGGGGCUCUCUAUUAGCAGCCCUAGCCUAGCUCAGAUGUAUAGCUCUUUGCGCAGAGACGCAUUCGUCUCCCAGAUGCUGCUCCGUUACUUCGUAAUGAUCUAGGAAGGUCCGAAUAGGUAACGCCGAAAGGAGGUAGGUUUUAUAAAUACCGACCAUCAUGGCCGUUGAGCAAGCGACGUUCGUGUAUAGGAGUGGUCUGUCACAUCAAGUUCUUAGCCCAAUUUCACCUCCUUAGCUUCGAUCAACAUUAUCCAUGAAGAGCUUUCUCCUUCUAUUCAGCGCUGGUCUGGUUGCCGGCCGUCCAUCCGGCACUGCUCCUCGAGCUGCGGCUGAGUUACCAACCCUUGGCCUGACCAAUGUGACCAAGAUUGACAUGGCCAACGGCGGCGGCCUUAAGGGCCGCCGUCUGGCUGGCCCGUUCAUGGGCGUCGAUUUCCCCGACCCGAGUAUCAUCUGGGGUGAUGGCUCGUGGAAAGCGUAUGGAACUUCGUCGAACGGCAAGAAGAUACCUGUCGCUAAAUCAUCCGAUACUUGGUCCUGGACGCUCACUGGUAACGACGCUCUGCCGAACCCUGGAUCCUGGGUUGACCCUAACGACCAGGGAAUCUGGGCUCCCGACGUGCAGAAGAAUGACGCUGGCGUGUAUGUCAUGUAUUAUACCGCUCGCCAAAACGGUGGGAACCACUGUAUCGGCGCUGCAACCUCAAACUCGGCAUUAGGACCCUUCACGCCUCAAAGCCAACCAUUAAUAUGCGACGGCGCCAACGGAGGUGUUAUUGAUGCCUCGGGUUACGACGACGGUGCGAACCGGUGGAUCUUAUGGAAAGUCGACGGAAACAGCCUCGGCGGCGCGACCACGUGCCAAGGCGGAGCGCCGUCCGGCGACUACCGAUCGACACCGAUCAAGAUCCAGCGCGUGGCGCGGGACGCGCUGACGCUCCUCGACAGCCCGAAGACGAUCCUCGACAACGAGGGCGCCUCCAACAACGGCGUCGUCGAGGCCCCUGCGCUGUACAAGAUCGCCGACGGGAACUACGUCCUGUUCUACAGCGCCCACUGCUACUCGAGCGACGACUACGACGUCGAGUACGCCUUCUCGAGCACCAUUGACGGGAGCUACACCAACCGCGGUAUCCUCAUCCGCACCGUCGAUAACCGCGGCGUCUACGGCCCCGGAGGCCUGGAUAUCGACCCCAACGGCAAGACCGUCGUGUUCCACGGCCGGCUGCAGCCGAACCAGGGCAAUGCUGCACGCGAGUUGUAUAGUGCCGAGCUGACGAUUAACGGGCGAUCAAUUGGCCUGUAAGAGCAUCGACGCGUGAAACAGUUGUCGUCGGAUUUUCUUUUUGCUAGCGACGAGAUAUUUAUGACGAUGUGACAACUACGUAAGUGGCGGAUUUACUCACUGCCGGAGAGUUGAACCGCCGUGUGAAUAUUGACAUCGGCAGUUUUGUAUAUAUACAUGCUCACUUGCAUUUUCUCUUGCAUAUGCAUAUCGAUUUCAUUUUAUAUCAGACUUGUAUAUAGUUAAAUUUCAUGUAAAUA